AGAGUGAGCAAGACUGAGGCUAUAGGACUUCCACCUGUGGCUGGGCAAAUUUUAUUGGUUUCAUUCACAUUGGGAAAUUGCUAAAGCAGGGAGUAUCCUCCUGUGUUUUCAUACAGCAACUCUGUCUCAGUCCAGUCCAGUCCGCUCUGGGACAAUCACUGUGUGCAUGCAUAUUGAAUUGCGGUUGUUUUAAUUGUUUGAGAAUUUUAUUAGUCUAGCCACUAUCCUGUUGCCCCAGAUAAUGUCCAUCUCUGCCCUAUGUUCUUUGUGUGUUAGCUGCUGGACUGGACCCUGUGACUUCUGACUUCUCUUUGAGACUUUGAGAGCUCCAGAGGCUACAAGUAGAUUUCUUCAAACACAUAGCUCUGUGUGUUUUACUGGAUGUGAUUGGCUGUCGCAGGAUGUUCCACCAUAUAAAUGGUGUCCAUGUUAGAGAUGAGGUAGAUAACUUUUCAUCCCUGAGGAGACACGCAUUCAACCGCUCUCUGCCACCAGGAAAAAAAGGAAGAGUCAUGAUGAAGCUGCUGGUGUUAGUGAUGUGCCUGCUGGUCACUGCCUUGGCUGCCCCUGUUCCAGACAGUGACAGCAAUGAGCAGGUUGCAGCACAUGCUAAUGAGGCCCUGAGGUGGAUGGAGAUGUACAGGCUGUACCAGCAGCAGGGAGUAGUUGGAAACCCCUUCCUUCCUGCUGCUGAUGCUCCUGCUGAUCCAGCUGCAGCAGUGGUGGAUGCUGCACCAGCCCAGCCAGCUGAUGUUCCCCCUCCAGCUCCCGUGGCUGUUGGAGAUGCAUCAGAGGAGGAGACAGAGGAUGGGAACCCUGCUCCCAAAGCUGCGGCACCUGCUGCUCCUGCUGCCCCUCUAAACUCUGAUGAGGUAGAGGAGGCCGAGGAGGUGGAGGCAGCUGAGGCCGAGCCGGCUGUGGUUGACGCGGCGCCGGCAGAGCCUGCAGCAGACCCUGCAGCUGCUGUUGAGCCAGCUGUGGUUGAUGUCCCUGUGGACGCUGUACCAGUUGAUGCUGCUGCUGCUGUGGAUGCUGCUGCUGUUGAUGCUGCUGUUGUGGACGUGCCUCCCGUGGAUGUGGUUCCUGUAGACGUUGCCCCGGCAGCCCCUGAGGUGGCAGCUGACGUGGCCGCUCCUGCUGCGGCCAAUGUCCCUGCUGCUGUUGAUGUCGGUGCCGCUGAUGCCGGUGCUGCCCCAGUGGCAGCUGAGGCUGACACAACUGGAGUGGCAGCAGAUCCUGCUGUAGUCUAGUUAUCUUCCUCUUAUUA